UUCCGCUGCGGCAAUCACUCCGCUUCGUCGCUGUACGCGAUCGGUCGCGUUGCCGCUCGCACCACGCACCGAAACCGCUCCACGAUCGUACAACGAAUUCCAUAGUAAAUUCCCUACCAUGGCUUAUACUUUAGACGUCGAACUAUUUAUCGGUGAAGUGAAGAAAUACCCAGUGAUAUGGGACCUAAAUAGUGAAAACCACCGGUAUAAAAAUAGAAAGCAAGCUGCAUGGGAGGAAAUAGCUAAAGUUUUAAUAGAAGACUUCAAUGAUAUGACAGAGGAGGAAAAAAUUGAUGUUUACAAGAAGCUAAACAGCAAAUGGCGGAACAUUCGGGACUCAUUCGUGAGGAACGCUAAGAGGAAAGACGGGAAGAAGGGAGGCUACAUGUACGCGAAGCAUUUGACCUUCCUAAACAACACGUACAAACAAAACAGUGACGAAGAAUGGAGUGACGAGGAGACUAGGAAAAAAGCUAAUUUAACAAAAACCGAAGUCGAUAGUUGGAGCAUUGAAGAAGACAAUUCCUUAGAAAGUGUGAAGAGAAAAAUAGACAAACAAGACACUAUAGAGUACGUCGACACACCGGUGCUACCAGAUGCUACAUGUAGUUAUCCAAUAGAAGACGAAGACAGAUCCUUCUUCGACUCCUUACUUCCAGCAGUACGAAAGUUCGACUUAGAUCAGAAACUUGAAUUUCGAAGUGAAGUGCUAUGUUUAAUUAAAACUAUUAGAAACAGUGACAAAAGACUGAGACUCGACGCAUCAACUGGAGAAUUUAGACUAUGAUACUUUUUUAGUAAUGUAGGUUAAGUGCUUUUCUAAUAAAUUACUAUUUUUAUAACGACUGUUUUAAGAGACAUUAAAAAUUUAUAACAAAGAAUUUAUAAAACCCCUAUUUGGAAGUGUGCCCUAGUUUCAAGCCAAGCCUUUCAUGUUACAUUACAAUAACGUGAAAACGCAACUUUACGUGAGACAAUUUAAAUUUAAGUACCACUAUUACACACAAUAGCAUAUAAAUGCAAUAUGAGUAAAAAAUGAUCUUUAAUAUCGGUUCGGUUCUACGUAGGUAUACUGCAUCAAAAAAUGUGAGCUAAAGGUAGAAUGAGUGAGUGAGUUGUCUUUUAACCAUCACAGAGUCAUUGAAAGUAAAAUCGACAACUGGAGCUGUUCUCAGAAUUUAAAUUUGCUUCAUGGAAACUCCGGUACCUCUAUGAAUUAAAGCUACACAGACAUAAAUAGAUUUUUUUUCUAGUGGUAGUAGUGACCAUUAGAAUGUUUUUUUCUAACUCGCUUUAUGUUCUCUAGAGGGCGCCACAUUGAAUUUAGCGUAUUACACAUACUAUAUAGAGGUCAAACAUAUUAAGUAUAACUCUCCUUUUUUCUUCGCCGACACAGUCAGGUUAAAAAACGAAUCAAAGCGCAAACAAGAUGCGCCAGAAACCUACUCCACUUACGCGGAGUGCAUAUUCACAUUACAAACCAAGUGAUAUGAUGUGAUCUGUACCAAGAACAGCAACAAGUCAUCAUCAUAAUAAUAAAGUGUACUUGUCUGUCGGACACAGUACAUACAACUCUUGUUACAAUCUAUCUAAAUAAAGCGCCAAGCUGGCAACGUUGUGGGGAAAGUAGCGGAGCGGCAACGUGCCGCGAUCGAUAGACCGCGGUCGCGGGGCGGGGGGCUGACCCUUCCCGACAACCUCACAUAUAUGAUACAUACGAUACGACGUGUUAUUGUAGUCAGAUGUGAGCACGUGUAACCCUACAUACUCGACGUGACGAGUUUUAACCUUUUUGUUCACGCGGGUUAAUUGAUGCUGAUAAUUUUUGCACUUCAUGAUUGUCAGGUUGAGUCGAGUUGAGAGUCGAAAGAUCAUUAAGGAACUUAAAACAUUUACAGUUUGAUCGCAAUAACAAACGCCUAAAGUUAAGAAAACGAUCCAAAUAGUAUUUAACAAAGAGGUCCCAACGCGGAACCCAGAAGAAGUAUUUCCUGCUAAAAAUUAAAUAUACAAAAUCGGAAACAUAAAUUAUGCAAUUAGAAACCAAUAAAUUACAGGCAAUAUUUAUGAAAUUAACAUUGGACCUUUAGAAACCUUAUCGUAGAUUUAUAUUACAGUAAUCAAAGGUCAAUGUAAUCAAACGCUUUGUAAAAGUCGUGUAAUGUGCAAUUAUGAUUCGACGCAAACAAACUGAUUAAUAAAUAUCGACUUCCUGUGCUGAUUGCAUUGUUUGUUUUGUAUUAUUUAGUUUUACCGACGUUGCUGUUGGCCAUCUACGUGAAUUGCGAUCGUAUGAAUUUGUCUAUUAUCACCUGGCAAAAAUACGCUAUCAUUACAUCUGAUGAAGUGUGAUGAGUGUAUUUACAAUCAAGAUACACGUUCCAAUAAAGUUUAUGACUAGCUCCGUCAACGACUACUUGGAGUAAUGAAAACUGACUUCAAAUAUUUUCAUCGUCACUUUCAAGUUCUAUGACGACGUGACGAUAGUCGACUGAAACAAUAGGCUCACAUGAGUCAGCUGACGACAGGAUUGCGUGAGUGAAAGCAAUCACCGCCCGUUUCCAUACCAUAGGUCCACAUUCAAUAAAUCCAACGCAGGUGUCGCUGACUCAGUAAAUUGUAAAUGUUCGUCGACUUUUUAUAUUAAGACCAAAGCACCAAGGGAACGAGAUAAAAGCUUCUACGAACUGGGAAAAACUAGAGAGAGAAUUUACAACGGAAUUUCUUUUUGGUACCUAAGCUGAGCAACAUUGCGAACGGCGGGAAGUGUUACCAAGUCACCAAUGACGUAUUUUUUAGGUUAUAAGUGACAAAUUUUAUCAUGCAAAUAUGCAAAAUUGUAUUCACCGCAUAAUGGCAUUUCGACUUUGUUUAUGACACCUUCGGGAACGUGGAGAACAGAAAUGGCGGACAACAGAUGUAAUAUUAUUCACAUUUAUAACCUGUUUAUCUGUGUGAAGAAAUCGAUGUGACAGCAUAAUUUCCAAGCGAUCGAGCUAUGCAAAUAGAUAAUUUACAAAAGCGUUUCUCUUUCCACAUCAAUGCGAAGAGCAAAACAAUUCAAUCACCGCUCAAUUAUGUAAGUCAGAGUCUACGUAAACAAGCUUAUUCAGGUAUUUGUUUGGUCAAUGUCCAUUCGACUAUACAUCCUGAUCCGAUCCUGCUUCCUGUGACUGGCAUAGAAAUAAGAUUGGGCUGUAUUAGGUUAUUCUUUACUAAAUAAAACGAUAUUUAUUUGAUUUCCUUUGGGACUUUUGCUCUGGCAACCCAAACUCUCGCGAGAUAUCGACCGGUUCGAAGUUAUUUUGGUUAGCUCUAACAAGAAUAUUACUAUGUACACGAUGUAAUAAAGCCUUAGUAAAUAAUGUAUUAGUUU